AUGGCAAGCAGAGAUAGCUUCCACAUCGAAGUGCCUUCGCCCUCAUUGACGGCUGUAAACGGCACACACCCGCUCAAGUCACCCUCGUCGCUCAAAAACCACCGCACGCCCAGCUUUAGCCGGGAUGGUUUGAUCAGUGCCGUGCAAAAGGCCAGAAACAUGUCUCAAUCAUCCGACCAGCGCAUCAACGGUUUCAGUGAUAUGAACAAAACACCCAGCGACGAGGGAUCGAACCCACUGAAGCGCCGCAACACCGACGCCGGAGUUGACUACCCGCGAAGGAGGGCUACCAUCGCUUGCGAGGUGUGUCGAUCCCGCAAGUCUCGCUGCGAUGGCACCAAGCCCAAGUGCAAGCUCUGCACCGAGCUCGGCGCCGAAUGUAUCUACCGAGAACCCGGCAUCAAGCUGGAUGCAGGCGACAAGCUCAUUCUCGAACGCCUCAACCGCAUCGAGAGCCUUCUUCAGAUGAACAUGGUCGCUGGCGGGCCUUCCGGCGGCGGCAUCCAGAUUAGCCACGAGUCACCAUCUAUGAGCAACGGCUCUGGACUGAAUGGCGAAAACCUAGUCGGAGUUGCCGGGACCACCAACUUUACUUCCAUCAUCCCCAGCGGGGGUCUAGGCACCUGGCAUAACCCGCCCAACAUCUCUACGAUGCCCAAAAUUCACACGAAUGCGGCUUUACACCUACUGCAGUGGCCUUUGAUUCGUGAUCUUGUAUCACGACCAUAUGAUCCGCAAAUCCUGCUACAGCUUGAGAUGGCGCGAGAGCCGCUGCACUCGCUGACGAAGACGCCUUGUGUCGACCUGUCCAAUACCACAGCAUACAUUGAGGCCUAUUUCGACCACGUCAACGUGUGGUACGCUUGCGUCAACCCUUACACCUGGAGGAGCCACUACCGGACGGCGCUAUCCAACGGCUUUCGCGAGGGCGCCGAGAGCUGCAUCGUCCUUCUUGUACUGGCUCUGGGACAGGCCAGCUUGCGAGGAAGCAUCUCACGCAUCAUGCCUGGGGAAGACCCCCCUGGACUGCAAUACUUCACCGCUGCAUGGGCUCUCCUUCCGGGCAUGAUGACUUCAAAUAAUGUUCUCGCAGCACAGUGCCACUUGCUGGCUUCUGCGUACUUGUUCUACCUUGUCCGCCCCUUGGAGGCCUGGAACCUGCUUUGUACUACCAGCACGAAGCUGCAGCUUCUUCUCAUGUCACCGAACAGGGUACCGCCCAAUCAGCGGGAGUUGACCGAGCGUAUUUACUGGAAUUCUCUCCUCUUCGAGAGCGACCUGCUGGCAGAGCUGGAUCUCCCGCACUCUGGGGUGGUCCAGUUUGAAGAGAACGUCGGACUUCCCGGUGGCUUCGAGGGAGAAGAACAGGAAGCGAUUGGACGGGAUGACCUUUGGUACUUCCUUGCCGAGAUCGCCUUGCGGCGACUCCUGAAUCGAGUCAGCCAGCUGAUCUACUCCAAGGACUCGAUGGCCUCUACGACAAGCCUCGAGCCUGUGGUGGCGGAACUCGACUUCCAGCUGACGCAAUGGUACGAGAGCCUACCGAUUCCACUGCAAUUCCCUUUUACCCGCGCCGCACUUCAGGACCCGGUCCAGACUGUGUUGCGCCUCAGAUUCUUUGCUUGCCGGACCAUCAUUUACAGGCCCUACAUCUUGGCUGUCUUGGACAAUGAGCAGGCCAUCUUGGAUCCUGCAGUACGAGACAGUUGCCACAAGUGCUUGGAGGCUUCUGUGCGCCAACUGGAACACAUCUCUGCACACCAUGCAGGCCACAUGCCUUAUUUGUGGCAGGGUGCGCUCUCCAUUGUGUCCCAGGCACUGCUCGUCAUGGGCGCCACCAUGUCACCCUCGCUGGGCAGCAUCCUUCUGACGCUAUGCGGUAGCCGUGAGGCUAUCGACCAGAUCAUCAAUGACGUCGUUAUGGAGGUCGAACGUUAUUCAAACCUUGCGCCGAGUCUGAGCUUGGCGGCUGAGAUCAUCAAAGAAGCCGAAGUGAGGAGGCGAGCAUUCCUCAGCGGGUGA